AUGCAAGGUGAUGGUGAAAAAGAGCCAUCCAUAUACAAUCUUCUAAAACAUGGCACUAGUAAGCUCCUUCCGGGCAUCACUGUUUGGCCCAUGUUGAACAACAGCGAAAGUUCCAUCUACUUCAAUCAUCAGGAUAGAGAAUUGGGAUUGGCUAUAUACCCACUAGGAUCGUUCUGGAAGCCGUUUUGCAACGGCAGCUUCUAUGAUAUGUCCUUCACUGGAGCACUAGUUAGUGAUGAACGGUACAUUUUCCCUUUGAAGGGCUCGUGGGCUUACAGUUGGAAAGAACUUGAGGUAAGUGAAACGACCUUGAAUUGGAUUCUCGGUAAUUUAAAAGAACGUGAACAUAUCGAAGAGACUCUUGAGCCUGACGAUUGGGGGUUUGACAACUGUGCCGUUUCAAACGAAACUGUCUAUUUUGUGAGUACUAUAGGAAAGAGCACAGGAAGCUGGAUUGUCAAGCUACCCAUUCUGGAAUUCUAUGAGGACGAAAUGGAGUACCAAGACAUUUUUCACAUUGACUUGAAAAAUCCGCAAGACCUAUUGGUGAAUGCCAAUUUGCUACUGGGUUUCGAGGACAUGACCUUGUUCGUAAAGGACGAUCUUGAUGCAGAGUACGUGCACUUGGACAGCCCAAUUCUUCGACACUUUAGGAUCACCGAACAGGAUGCUGAAGUAUUUUUUAUCAUCACGGCAAAUGAAGUCGAAAUCAGGCAUUGGGACGCUGAGAAACGAGAUUGGACAGGAGAUGUGAAGAGAUUGAAAGUUUCGAUCAGAGGAAAUACACCGAUAUGCUUCAUAUACCAUAAAAUUCUCGUUAUUGCAGAAUCUCCUUCCCAAAUCCUUCUUAUCAACGUCAAUGGAGAAUGCGAGAGAAUUGACUCGGACAGUUUAAACUUUCCUCCUGACAAGUACACUGCGUUUGUGGAUUACAAGAACCAUAACGUCUUCAUAUCACUGAAAGCAGGAACCCACAUUCUAAAGCUCAACUUACAAUCAUGA